CCUAGCCAGCUCUAAGCUAGGGCUUUUGCGAGGUUGCGUCCAUGGCAGCAGCCACGGCUCUGGCGCCCGGCCUCGCCAGGAAGCUCAAGAAGGUCCUGGAGACGCGCACCGAUUCCCCGGAUGUGCUCGCCUCGCUCGGCACGCUCUCCACAUUCUACGCGGAGAAUUCGGCUCAAGCGCGCCGGAAUCUCCAGGCGACGAUCGAGAAGCGGGGGCUUUCCAUCAACGAGGAGUUCCUGCGGGCGUCGGAAGCGGCACAGAAGGCCUUGGAUGCUGUCGAGCUUGAAGUUGCGGGGCUUGCGGAGUCGUGCGAGAGAAUUGCGAAAUCUCUGAGUAGCUGUGAAGCGGUGACAGGGGAUAUUGUCGCCACCACUGAGAAGCUUAGAUUGGAUCUUGACAACACGAAACAGCACCAGGAGAUCGUUGCCUCGUUUCUUCACAACUACCAACUAUCCCCAGAGGAGGUGUAUGCUCUGAGAGAGGAGGAACUCAACCAAAACUUCUUCAAAGCCUUGUCACGCGUACAAAAGAUCCAUGCCAAUUGCAAGCUUUUGGUCCGAACUCACCACCAGCGCGCAGGGUUGGAGCUUAUGGAUAUGAUGGCAGUUUACCAAGAGGGCGCAUUCGAGCGUCUAUGCAGAUGGGUCCAAGCUGAAUGCCGUAACCUCAGUGACAAUGAUCAUCCGGAGGUUAGCGAGCUUCUCAAGACAGCCUCCAGAUUUUUGAACGAACGUCCGGUUCUGUUCAAGUACUGCGCUGAGGAGGUGGCAAACACGCGGCACAAUGCGCUCUUUAGGCGCUUCAUCAGCGCUCUCACACGCGGAGGUCCAGGUGGUAUGCCCCGGCCCAUUGAAGUACACGCACAUGAUCCGCUCCGAUACGUUGGGGACAUGUUGGGCUGGCUACAUCAGGCCUUAGCCUCGGAGCGUGAACUAGCAAUGUCACUUUUCUGUCCAGAUGCUCCUGCAAGUACUGGAGACUGGUCGUCGAAGGAAUCCGAUGAGUCGGCGUCCCAUUUGCUAUUUGUUCUGGACCGCAUCUUUGAAGGCGUUUGUCGACCCUUUAAGGUGCGAGUGGAGCAAGUCUUACAAUCGCAACCCAGCCUUAUCCUUUCGUAUAAGCUGUGCAAUCUCCUCGGCUUUUACAGUCACAUGAUUUCUGAUUUACUUGGGAAAGAGGCUGCUUUGUCAGCUACUUUGAGGGACGUGAAAGAGGCCGCCGAUCGGACGUUUUUUGAUAUUUUGAAGAGCCGUGGUGACAAGCUUCUGCGCUAUCCCCCUCCAGUAUCUGCUGAUCUCUCUCCGCCGCCAGCGCUUGCGGAAGUUGUUCCAGUGCUGGUUGACUUGAUUGAUACUCACAACAGCAUGAUGGUCGCUGUUGGUGCCAGCAAGCCCGAUUUCAAACCAGUCAUUGCAGCUCUCGUUGAUCCAAUCAUUACGAUGUGUGAGCGAGCUGCAGCAUCUUACGCUUCCAAACCUUCACACCAGCCAGUUAAACGACUAAACAGUCUAAACUUGGACACGGGAAAGGCUCUACUCAAUGCUGCUCGACGGACCACUUCUACCGAUCCGGCUGGUGUUUCACCAUCCAAGUCACAGACCGAGGAGGAUGUACCGAGCCUUCGCAAGAUCUUCCUCAUAAACUGUGUGUCCGUCAUCCGACAGCCACUGCUCUCGUACCCAGCAGCAUCGGGCUACGUAGAGUCGUUGGAAUCUUCCCUCGAGGAGUACAUGAGCUACAUCGUGGAGCACGAAGUCGCCACCAUCCUCGAGAAGUGCAACCUCCGCAGCAAAGUAGCGUACUUGAAAGCAAACCCCGAGAUGGGCGAUGGCGGAGCAACGGCAAACGAACAAGAGAUGGCUCCCUCCAACGUAGCAGAAAGCCUCAAGAUCUUCCUCAGACUGGUUGGCGAGGGGGCAGUGGCGGAGUUUGGACAGGUGCAAGACGCGCGGCUGAGAAACGAGGCUUGCGUUCGUGUAGCCAAGGAACUCGCCAGCGCCUACAAGCUCAUCUACGACGCUUCUCCGGAGUACAGGUCGAUCCUGCGGCACAGUCCGGAACAGAUGCAAACCAUGCUCCUGGGGAUAUGACGAGCGCUCGCUUGCUAGGGCAUU